AUGUCAAAUGAAGACACAGUAGAACAAAUUGUGAAGUGCAUUAUUGAGAAUGAAGCAAAUGCAGAAGCUCUAAAGCAGAUGCUCGGGGAUACAGAGGGAGUUGUCUCAAUUGUUCCCAGUCUGUGUCCUCACCGUGAGAGCCAGGAUUCUGGUCCUCCUCAUCACCAUACAGUGCACCUUGGAUCUACACAGGCACCGUGCAUCCACUGUACUCGCAAAAAGAGAAGUCUCUUACACCGUAUGGGCCGGUCAAAGGAUGGCCGGGGAAAGCCACACCCUGGAGAAAUCACAGUUUUUUCUGUUGGAAGGUUUCGGGUUACUCACAUCGGGAAGAAGACAAGUAUCCAAGGAUCCCAGGACGACAGCAACAUUAGCACUGAGCCAAUGUCAUCUGUUAAAGAUCAGGAUGAGUUGGAUGGGGAAAAACCUCAAAAUGGACUUAGCACACAUGGGGACCAUAAACAUGAAAGUGAGGAUUUGCCCAAAAAUGGACCAGAAGAAGUGGGGUUAACAAAGCUUGAGAAGAAGAAAGGUUCUGCUAUUAAGAGUGUAGCUAAAAACGGACUACAGAGACUGAAUAAAAAGGCUCCAGUAACUUCUGUAAAGAAGAAAGGAGAAAAAGACAGACGGAGCAGUGCUCCAGAACAGACGGUGGCACAGAGAGAGAGGAUUGAUAUUACAGAUGUUAAUGCACGCGAACAGCGCAAAGAAAAAUCUCCUGUAGCAGGAGACUCACAGACAAAGCAGGUGAACACAGAGGAUUCUGCUCAAGGCCAUUGAAAUGUACUAUGAUGUCCCAGAGCUUCCAGCAAAUGAUGCACACAACUUCAAACAAGAUCUCAUUCGUACUGCAAGAAGAUGCAAGGAUAAUAUGAUGCUGCAUAUGAAGAUUUGUAACAUAGUCAUGGCUGGUAUCAAAAGAUACAAAAUGGACAAACUGAUAAGCUUGUUUUUAACAGAAAAUGUGAAUGGUCUUUUGUACAUAUAUGAGCAUAUUAUGAUGUACCUUAUAACACAUUUAAGUCAUAAAAUUGUUAAUCAUUAUUAAACAUACCUUUGUAUAAAAAGCUUCAAAAAUGAAGAAUCUUUCUUCUUUAUAUCUCCCAAAACAAAUCUUGCUUAAUCUAUAAAUCUUGUAAAGGAGAAGGUAAAAAUAAAAAAUUCUAAACAGGAAAUAUUUAAAUUCAGAUGCAGUUACAAAGAUUUAUAGAUAUGACAGCUAAGUUUUUGCAAAAAAUAGUUUAUUAUUAUAUGUUAGUUCAAAACUCAUGUUAAAUGUUUGCCAAACAGUUUUUGCAAAAAAAAACAAACAAAAAAAAAACUUCUAAUUAUUCUUUUAUCAAAAAUAACAUUUAAUUGUAACAUUCAAAUGUUGGUUCUAUUAGACUUAAAAGUAAGUCAAUGAAAGCGGAAUAAAGCAUCUACUAUUUCUUUAUUCAGUUUAUAUGGACACUAGCUGUAUAUAAGGCAUUUGUAAAUAUAAAACAUUCAUUUUA